CUCUCUCUCUCUCUCUCUCUCUAUGUAUAUAUAUAUUUAUAACCACUUAACAAACAUAUCAACUUAACAAACACCAACAAAUGGAGGAUCUACCACCUGGUUUUCGGUUUUAUCCAACCGAAGAGGAGUUAGUCUCCUUCUAUCUACUCAACCAGCUUGAAGGACAGAAACAGGAGCUGCACUUUGUCAUUCCGGUUAUCAACCUUUACGACGUGGAGCCAUGGCAGCUUCCAAAGCUUUCUGGAAGGCCAUGUCAAGAAGACACUGAGCAGUGGUUUUUCUUCACGCCAAGACAAGAGAGGGAAGCAAGGGGUGGGAGACCCAGCAGAACUACCGCCUCUGGGUACUGGAAGGCAACGGGUUCUCCAAAUUAUGUUUACUCCUCUGAUAACCGAGUAAUUGGAGUGAAGAAGACAAUGGUUUUCUAUAAGGGAAAGGCUCCAACUGGGAGAAAAACCAAAUGGAAAAUGAACGAAUAUAGAGCCAUUGAAGGAGGAGCCAAUCCAUCUACGGAUGCUAUUCCAAGGCUACGGCAUGAAUUCAGUUUGUGUCGAGUCUAUGUGGUAUCAGGAAGCUUUCGAGCAUUUGAUAGACGUCCAUUAGAAACUUCAGCAAGAGAGACACGACCUCCUGGUGAUGGGGCUACAACAUCAACUCAGGAUACCACAAUGGUAGCAAGGACAAGCUCACCAGAAACGUCAUACUCCGGAGAAGACCAUAUUGAUCUCCCGGAGACUACAGGAGAUACCAGUUGGAGGAUGGUUGAUAAUCUAGAACCACCUCUAUGGGACUGGGAACAGCUGAAUUGGCCUUGAUUAAUCCAUUGGUAGGUCUCUGCAGCCUGCAAAACAGCCCCCUUCCACUUUGUUUAAGAGUCUUCUAUAACUAGAACGCACAACCAUAAAGAGUAGAUUACCAUCCUAUGUAGCAUAGAUAUAUAAUUUUUUUUUUUUUUUCUGCUGUGAGGUCAAGAAUAAUAAUAAAGGCAGAUGUAGAAUUUUUAUAAUAUGUCAAACAAUGUUGUUCUGUGAAGAAAUUGAGUCUAGGGCUUUUAGAAGUAAAUGAAAAGACCUGUUGGGUCUGUAACCAAGUCAUGGACGUCGUUUGGCCGUUCCGCUGUAAUGAGUUUUAAGAUAAUUUGUAGGAAUCAUUCGACUUAAAUUCAGCAUUCACUAUUCAGAUGUCU